AUUAAACAACAAUAAAACAUAGAAAAAUUGACUUGUAAUAAAAUAUUAUGGGUUUUGGUCCUCUACUCCGAGUGGACUUCCUGCUUGUUCUCCUCUUGACACUACGCGGUCUUCUUGCACCCCAUCAUUACCUCAAACCGAAGAAGAUUCUCUCCUCUCCGUUAACAAAUCUACGAGCGAGCUUGAUCAAGAGAAACAAAAAGAGAGAGAUGGGUUUCUUCUUGUUUCUUGGAAGAGUUUUCUUCGCUUCUCUCAUCAUCGUCUCUGCUUGGCAAAUGUUCAGUGGCUUUGGAGUUGAUGGUGGUCCUGCAGCUAAAGAGUUGGCUCUAAAGCUUAAUCUGGCCAAUGCAAAUCUAUACUCUAGAUUAUGGGUAACUUUUUCUAAUAUAGAGGUAAACGACCUUGUCAUAAUGCUCUUCUAUCUUGUGCUCUAGGUAUAUCUCUAUCAUUCUACAUGCAUCUUUCUUUGACCUUGGUAUUGAAUCUUUAAAGGUGAGACAAGCCAGUGUUACUAUUGUUUCCAUGAUAGCUAUCGGAGGCGUAAUCUUUGUUAUCAAAAAACUCUUUGGUGCUUAUCUGGUUAGACUUCCUUCUUGUUCAUCCCAUGUUUAUAAGAAAUGGAUUCAAAGCUUGAUGACACAUGUUUUAACUUUAAAGUCUCAACUUUUUCUUUAGGCUGUUUACUUUACGAUUGUCAGUCCUAUUCUGUAUGAUAUCUACAACAACGGACCUGAGGAUCGUUAUUUCUCUCCUUUCUGGAUAGAGCUCUUCAAGGUUUGUUCAGAACUUUUUUAGUUAUCAUUAUCUCAAGUUCCUAGCUAGGAUGAAAAGAACGCUGCUUUACAGCUUCAGAUCUUUCGGUCUUACAAAGCCGAGAUCAUGCAGUCUAUGAGAAUGGACGAAUGAUUUGAUAAUAAAAUCUCAUUCCGUUUGUUAUAAUGUAUUGCAGAAUGUCGCAAGUUUUGGAGCAAUGUAUAUUUAUUAUUUGAAUGAAUAACUCGACACCCUCCAAAAGGAAUCUGAAGAAACAGAACUCCGGUUAGGGGAGCCUCCAAAGAGGAAAUCUAGAGUUAUUGUUUCUUUAGCGGAUUAGCUGACGAUACAUAAUCUCAAAGACAAAGCUCAUGUAGUUUGAAAAAAGUUACUUUAUAUUUUAUUAUCACAAUCUGCUACACACAUAAAUCAUUUCUUUUUCUUCUUUAAGAAAGAAACAUUGUUGUUUCAUCAAGUGAAACAAAAUAAAUAAAUUGUUUAAAACA